AUGACCGUCAGCACUACCUCUGCGGCGGUCCACAUCACCCCAACUGUACUUAAGACAUUUCUAAAACACUACAAACACAAGACACACAACCUCAAAGAGGGCGUGCAUGGCCAUCAAGUUGCCACAGAUGAUAUCUUGUUCGACGAGGCAUUCAAUAUUGUGAAGGCUUUCAUCAAGCUCGGAACAGAGAACACUAUCGAGAGUCUGCAAGCUUUCACGAAUACACAUGUUCCCUCGCCUUGGUGGGCGGCUGUCGUUCCCGUCAUGGUCCCACUUUCUACCUGCAACAAAGCUGCCGAUACUCUGAUUGACUGGUUCGGCCCUGAUGAUCUCCAUACAGUCGUCGGUGGUGAACGUUGGUGGCAAGUCCGAGGGCUAGACGGUAUUGAAGCCGAGUGGAUCACGGAGAACGAGUUCUUGGAUACCAAUACAUUGAAGAAGGAAGGGAAACAGAAAAGCAAACAACUGAGCGCAGAAGAGGAGACUAUCCAGAAGAUGGAGAAGCUGGAGACUGUCAUGCUCUACAUCCAUGGUGGUGCUUACUUCUGGGGAUCUAUCAACACACAUCGCUACCAAAUAAUACGCUAUGCGCGCAAAUGCAAGGGACGAGCAUUCACCGUCAACUAUCGGAAAGCACCCCAAUAUCCAUGGCCAUGCCCAUUACAUGACGUCCUUGCUGCCUACUUCUAUUUGAUAUCUCCACCACCCGGUGCGGCACAUAAACCCGUCCCAGCUUCCAAGCUAGUAUUCGCAGGCGACUCUGCAGGUGGCGCACUCUGUGUAACCGCACUCACCGUCAUAAGAGACAUGGGAUUGCCCAUGCCUGCUGGUGCCGUGCUUAUCAGUCCGUGGGUGGAUAUGACGCAUAGUUUCCCAAGCGUCAUGGAUAAUACGCAUUCUGAUAUCAUUCCUCCACACGGGUUCGUUCACAAACCGUCCACGACCUGGCCUGUCGAUACUCUGCCGGACAAAUAUGGUCGUACUCGCGUUAUGCCAACACAAACCAACCCACCUCCCCCUCCAGGCCACGCAGACAAACUUGACCCUGACCCCGAGCGGUUCGAGGAGCGUGCAGAGGUCCAGGAAGAGGCGCAAAGGGAAGGUAGGGACAUUGAGGAGGUGCAAGCAGAGAAAGAAGCGCAGGACGGUAAUUUGGAGGAAGUGAUGAGCCAGGAGGAAAUGGUGGAGAAGGCUCAGAUGGAUGAAUCUCCGAGUGCGAGUCCUGAGAUCGGGGCGAAUGCGAAUCUGGGAGUGAGUGCGAAUGGAGUCGCGGAGCAGGGUCGUAGUUCUUCGAGUGCGGAGGACAAGCAAGCCGAACAAGAUCAUGAGGAGACCGAAACCGAGGAGAUCGAUAAGUGGGAACCUAAGCCGCCAAAGGUCGAACAUGUCCUGAUGGACGAUCCUUCGGAAAGACCAUGGGAGAUUCGGUCGCAAAUCCAGCAGUAUGCUAUGAACGAACAGCUCUCGCAUCCUUUAGUUUCUCCGAUCUUACAAGGGUCCUUGGGCAAUCUCUGUCCUCUAUAUAUUUUGGCCGGCGACGGCGAGGUCUUGAGGGAUGAGAUCAUUUACUUCGCCCACCGUGCUGCCCAUCCCGAUGAAUACCCUGUUCGUAAGGGUGUAAUCCGGGAGGGAAGAAGGCAGAGGGAGAACGCGAAGAAGUUCACCACGCCGACGAAGGUCCAUCUUCAGGCCUUCGACGGCAUGCCCCAUGUGUUGACCGUAUUCAUCUUCACGCCAAGCGCCAAGUAUGCAUACCGUUGUAUUGCCCAAUUCGUCAAGCACGUCACGACCCACUCCGCCGACCAUAUCGCUCGUAACCCUUUCCCUGAGCUGCACCGCCCUCCCGACGAAGAUCUCUCCGACGACGAAGUGUAUACCCGCAGGAAACACAAGGUCGCGGGUGUGACGGUGAACGCUGGGCAACGGAAGGAGAAGGAGUUGGUAGAGGCGGAUCGGGAAGAGGUGAACCUGUAUAAGCGGAAUCAGAAGAUUUUGGCGCAGGAGGUUAGGGAGGAUGAUGUUGAUCCAAUGCCGGGGAAGGAGGUGAUGAAGGGGGCGGGUGAGGAUCAGAAUGGGAAUGGGGAUGAGAAAGUGGGUGAGGAGGAUGAGAAGAAGAUGGGUGAGGCUCAGUAUGACAGGGAGCCGGAGGAGAACGGUGUGGAAAGCGUGCAUCGAAAUGGACACGCUGUCCCGGGGAUCGACGAAGAUGACACAACCUAUGCUCGACCGACAAUGGACGAAACCGAAGACAUCCCUCACAUCCUCAUGAUUCGCGAACGCGUCGACAUCAAUGGCCACGUCCGUCCAAUGGAGCCCAAAUCCGCCAUUCCAGCCCUUCAAAUGCGACCAUCCAAAAUCGGAAUCAUCAAAGAGAGACCUGUGCGUCGCUGGGCAGACGGACAGAAUGCAGUAGACAAGAAGUAUCGGCGCGCCGCGGAGAAGGUGAUCAAGAAGCGGAGGAAGUUGGAGGCGAAGGCGGAGAGGAUGUUAGCUGAUGCGAGGGAGCAAGGAUUGUUGCUUGAGAAUGACAGUAUCUAUAGGAAGGAGGGGGCGGAGGCGAAGAGGAAGGGUGUGAAGAGGGCGGAUUCGGGUGGAGAUUCAAUCUUGUCGACUAUCAGUAGGAGGAUUGAUGUCGACAGGAGGUGGGGACCUUUGGACUUGCAGAACGAGAGGCCGCCGCCAACCGCGAUUGCUGCACGGAGGGACACGCCGGAGGCGUUGGCCUUGUUGAAGAAGAGCAUAUACCACACGGCGCCGAAGACUCAUAUGACCAUUCCGAAGGCGAAGAUGAUGCAGAACUUCCGCGCUGCAUUUGACCCGAACGAUGAUCCAUUCAGGGCCCCGAGACAGUCUGUGUCAGAGCAGCAGAAGAAGACUUACAUCGUCCCGAUGCAUGGCUUGACGUUGUGGAACUCUGUCCUCCAAUUGUUCGUGAGGAAGAGCGCGAAGAAGGCAUUGAAGGGGAAGAUGCAUGCGAGCAAGAUAGUGGACAAGGUGGUUGGAGGCGAGGAUAAACCGGUUUCGGAGCGCAGUGAAAGUGACGCAAAAUUGCAGACUGGUGAGAAGCGCAGUGGCCCCAGCCAGUAUUAG